AUGGCUUCAAAACCUCGUGCCAGACCGGCUCACGCCCCUGGACCAACCUAUCUAGCAUACACACCUAACGGCAACAAGUUGAUCACAGUUGGGUUGAACAAUGUCAUCCGCAUCUUCACUACUGGAUCUGAUGCUGAGCCUGUCAACAUUGAUGUUGUUCAAGACUCUCAUACUGCGGUGGCUGCAACCAAUGACUUUUUCUUGACUGGUUCAGAGGAUGGUAGUGUUUGCAAAUACUCCCUGCUCACCCACUCUUUGGAAGAAGUUCUUAUCCGGAGCACUUUGCCUAUCAGGGAUGUUUCUAUCUCACCGGACGGAUUAUGGGCUGCGGUAGCAUCUGAUGAACUGGUUGUAAAGAUUGUUAACACAUACGAUAUGACACGGGUCAUGUAUCUCAGAGACCAAACCAGACCAGUCAAGCAUGUAUCCUUCGAUCACAGUGGCUCUCAUCUGGCUGUCUCUUGCUCUGACGGCAUGGUCUAUGUCUACUCGCUGAGUUCAGAAGAGCCAAAACUUGUCAAACGACUCGAUGGUCUGAUCAAGAUCAUGGAGACAGACUCUCAAGCCAGCUCAAAAGUCACAUGGCACCCUGAUGGAAGAGCACUCUGCGCUCCUACGCCAACAAAAACCGUCCAAGUGGUUUCAAGGAAUGACUGGACAAACCAAAACGCUUUCAAAGCUGAUGGACGAGGAGACAUUACUGCUGUAUCUUGGUCACCAAAUGGUGCUCUACUUGCUACAGCUAGCGACGACCUCAGCAUCACCUUGUGGAACGCCUCGACACAGCAGCCUGUGGUCAAAUUCAACAGCGACCGUGAACCUGUGUUGGCUCUUGCCUGGCAUCCCACCGAGAAUCUUCUGUCGUACACCACCAACGACGGAGAACUGUAUAUGCACACUGGAAUCAUACCGCAAGAACAUGAAAAUAUGAUCCGAAAAACACUUGUCUCUGCACCUUUCCUGAACGAGCGUCAUACUGAGGACGCUGCGAGAACUCUGGUUAACGGUGGUGUCAGGCCUGGUGCUCAGCGCAGAGCAGGAACGCCUGACUCACUCGACGAUAUACUGGGAGACGACGGAUUGUCCGAGAACGGGGAUGCCUUUAUCGUAGACGACGAUGGUGCAGGAUAUGCUGAGGAAGUCAACGGCAACGGCAAACGACCUGGACAGCACACUGCAUACCCACCCUCAAAGCGACCUCAACAAUACGGUAGUGCUAGAUGGCAGCCUCGUCCACACGAACCCUUCCAGCCGGGUAGCACCCCUUGGAGAGGCAAUCGUCGUUACCUGUGCCUGAACUUGACUGGCUUCAUCUGGACGGUCGACCAGGAUACCCACCACACAGUGACUGUGGAGUUCUACGAUCGUGCCGCUCACCGCGACUUCCACUUCACAGAUCCUUUCCUUUACGACAAGGCUUGUCUUGGUGAGCAUGGUGCAGCCUUCUCAUGCCCAUCCUCAGAUCAACAUCCCAGUCUUGUCUACUUCCGCCCUCACGAAACUUGGACAUCGAGGACAGACUGGCGAACACAGCUGCCUGCAGGGGAAGAGGUCACAUCACUGAGUCUCAGCACGAGUUUCGUGGUCGUCACAACCUCAAAGGGAUAUGUUAGAGUCUACACACUCUAUGGUUUGCCUUUCAAGGUCUACAGACAGAAGAGCACUCCAGCUGUAGCAUGUGCAUCAUGGCGCGACUAUAUCCUCACAGUAGGCAAUGGUCCAAUCGGAGGCGACGGCACAGCUAAGCUCGUAUACACAAUCGAGAACGUAAAGCGCGACGAAGUCUGCCAGUCUGAAGACGUUCUCCCUCUCCCCGAGCAAUCAGAAUUGCAAUCGGUCUUUUGGUCAGACAGAGGCGACCCCUGCAUCUACGACUCAGACGGUGUAUUGCUAGUAUGCUUACACUGGCGAACACCCGGCCAAGCAAAAUGGGUACCUCUCCUCGACACCAAUCAACUCGAUCGUCUCGCCUCUGGCCGCAAGGAAGAAGCCUACUGGCCAGUUGCAGUCGCCAUGGACAGAUUCCACUGUAUCAUCCUCAAAGGUGGAGAAAAGUACCCUUACUUCCCUCGCCCACUACUAUCGGACUUUGAGUUCAAGAUUCCAGUCACAGCUCGUGACGAGGAGAACCAAGAUGAGAGCGAGGAAAGCGAUGUUCAGAAGUUGGAAGAGCAGUACGUGCGCAACUCAGUAUUGUUGAGUUUGCAGGAUGAUUUGGUGAAUCACACGCACGCCACGCAUGCGCAAAAGACAGAAGCUGCGCAACGUGAGCUUGAUGUGGAUAAGGUGCUCUUGCAAUUGCUGGCUGCCGAGUGCAGGGAAGGCGAAGAGAGAGGUAUGAAGGCGCUAGAGUUGGUCAGUUUGAUGAGAGACAGAUCGGGCAAGAUGCUCGAGGCUGCCGUCAAGAUUGCAGCGAGAUUUGAACGUGAUGUGUUGGGAGAGAAGAUUUCUGCACUUGCAGAACGAAGAUUGGUUGGUUUGGCUGAUGAAGAGGAGGAACUGUGA